AUGGCGCCGAAGCAGAGAACAGCGAGGAAGGUGAGCCAGAACCCCGAACUGAUUAGGGGAAUCGGAAAGUACUCGAGGUCCAAGAUGUACCACAAGAGGGGACUCUGGGCCAUCAAGGCCAAAAAAGGCGGCGUUUUACCUCGCCACGAUCCCAAACCUAAGCCUCAAGCACCUUCUCAGAAGCCUGCCAAAUUUUAUCUUGCUGAUGACGUCAAAAAACCCUUUGUCAACAAGCACAAGCCCAAACCUACCAAGCUCAGGGCUAGCAUUACUCCUAGAACAGUGCUGAUUCUUCUAGCCGGNNNUUUAAAAAUUGGUUCUAGGUGUAGUUCACUAUCUUAUGUAUUUUUGCUUGUCCCUUCAGGCCCUUUCAAAAUCAAUGGAGUGCCUUUGAGACGUGUGAACCAAUCCUACGUCAUUGGUACAUCAACCAAAGUAGAUGUCUCUGGUGUUAAUGUGGAUAAAUUUGAUGACAAAUAUUUUGCAAAGGAAGCUAAGAAGAAGAAGAAAAAAGAAGAGGGAGAGUUCUUUGAAUCAGAGAAAGAGGAGAAGAAAGUGCUGCCCCAGGAGAAGAAAGAUAAUCAGAAAAUGGUGGACUCUGCUUUGUUAAAAGCCAUUGAAAGCGUUCCAGAUUUGAAGGCAUAUAUUGGUGCUAGGUUUUCCCUCAAGCAAGGCAUGAAGCCUCAUGAGCUAGUUUUUUAAAAGCGUUUUACACUUGUUUUUAUCAUAUUCUGUUUUUUAUUAAAUUUUUGUCCUAAUAGUUUUGUUGCUAUAAUUUUAUUUCUGGUAGACUAAUGAAGAACACGGUUAUUUUUGUUAGGCAAAAUAUUUCGGGAAUGUUUAUUCAAGUAUUCAACCAAUUUUACUCUUGCGUGUAAA